UGUGGUUUGGCGAUAUCUAUGCCAAGUAGGACUUAAUGGUCUAAGAUAAGAUGUCUGGUCACCUGAACAAUUCACUCGGAAUAGAACUUUCCGUCCCCAUAUCAUGUAGCUCGAUAUCAAGCUCGUUGUUUAAAUCCCCUUGGAUCUGUGUUCAUUCUUCCAUCGAUAUUCAAUAUGUCAGUUCAAAAAAUCAAUAGCCCUGAGAGGCCGCUAGUACCUAUGUAUUCGCAUGCGGUGAAGAUUCCAGGCCUUAUUUUCUGCAGCGGACAAACCCCCGUGGACAGUGCAGGCAAUGUUGUCCCAGGAGAUAUCAAAGCCCACGCUGCUCAAUGCCUCUCUAACUUAGGUGACGUAUUGAAAACUGCUGGUUCAUCAUGGGACAAAGUGGUGAAGGUGAACAUUUACCUCAAGAGCAUGAGCGACUACGCGGCCGUGAACGAGGAAUAUAUCAAGCUUAUGCCUGACCCUAAGCCAGCUCGUACGUGUAUCCAAGCUGGGGGACUGCCUUUCGAUGUGGACAUAGAGAUCGAGGCAAUUGCUGCAGUUUGAUUAUCAUACUCUUGAUAUACCGCGUUUUCAAAUAUUCCAAGAAUUCUUGUCGGGACUAACUGAUUGGUUCCGAGGCGAUCAAACCAAUAUGUAUUCGAUGAACAGAAGUAGGACACUGUCAAUUCAAUUUCCACAUCAAUAGUAUUCGCACUGAGCUGUUAAAGGACCUAGCACAGGCCUGGACGAAAAAGCGUACAUAUCCUCGUUUUCA